AGGAGCGGGAGCGCUGAGUUGUAGGCCGGCGGGGCAGCAUCCCGCAGCCGGGGGCGGGGGCGUUGGUCAUGUUUCCCUUCGGGCCGGGUAGCCCAGGAGGGGACCGGGCGACUAGAGCCCGGGCUGAGGAGCCGUCACCCCACGAGGGACCGGCAGCAGCUGCCGGACCGCUCCCUUCCCCGCCCGUGCCGCCACCGCCCGGGGCCGUCGCAGCCCCUCCCCCGUCGCCCGGCGGGAGCCCUCGCAGCCCUGGCGGCCCCUCGCUGUCACCGGCCGCGCGCGCUGGGGAGCUGGAGCAGUCCGGAGCCCCGGAACCUGCCGCUUUCGCCCUAGGAGAGCCGUCACGGUCUUCGCCUCCGCGCCGGAGACCCGGGCCGGACUGCGGGGCCGGGAACCGGGGCCGGCAAGCCCUCGGCACCGGCCGGGGAGGCCCAGGCGCCCGGCUCUUUGGCUGGCUGAGAGAGCGCAGCCUGGGCCGCGGGCUGUUCGUGGACCCGGCGCGGGACAAUUUCCGCACCAUGACUAACCUCUAUGGCUCCAUCCACCCCGCAGACUCGGUGUACCUCAGCACUCGCACCCACGGUGCCGUCUUCAACCUCGAGUACUCGCCCGACGGGUCAGUGCUGACAGUUGCCUGUGAACAGACUGAAGUUCUGCUCUUUGACCCUAUAUCAUCAAAGCACAUAAAGACACUUUCUGAAGCUCAUGAAGACUGUGUGAAUAAUAUCAGAUUUCUUGAUAACCGGCUGUUUGCUACCUGCUCUGAUGACACUACAAUAGCACUGUGGGAUCUGAGAAAACUGAACACCAAAGUAUGCACUUUACAUGGUCACACUAGCUGGGUGAAGAACAUCGAGUAUGAUACUAAUACAAGACUCUUAGUAACAUCAGGAUUUGAUGGAAAUGUCAUUAUUUGGGACACCAACAGGUGUACAGAAGAUGGGUGUCCGCAUAAGAAAUUUUUUCACACACGUUUUCUCAUGCGAAUGAGAUUAACACCAGAUUGUUCCAAAAUGUUGAUCUCAACGUCCUCUGGCUAUCUCUUGAUUUUGCAUGAUCUUGACUUAACCAAGUCUUUAGAAGUAGGCAGCUAUCCCAUUUUGAGAGCAAGAAGAACUACGUCAAGUUCAGAUCUGACCACUUCAUCGGGUUCAUCGGGUCCUCGACUCUCUGGUUCACCUUGUCAUCAUAGCGAUUCUAAUUCAGCUUCUGAGAAACACACAUCACGAGCCUCACAAAGAGAAGGAGUUUCACCCCGAAAUAGUCUUGAAGUCUUAACCCCUGAAGUUCCUGGUGAGAGAGACCGCGGAAACUGCAUCACAUCCUUACAGCUGCACCCAAAAGGCUGGGCUACUCUUCUCCGGUGCUCAAGCAACACUGACGACCAGGAGUGGACUUGUGUUUAUGAAUUCCAAGAAGGAGCCCCCGUGCGACCUGUCUCACCUCGCUGUUCCCUACGACUGACUCAUUACAUUGAAGAAGCCAAUGUAGGCAGGGGUUACAUCAAAGAACUUUGCUUCAGCCCCGAUGGACGAAUGGUUUCUUCCCCACAUGGCUAUGGGAUUCGCUUGCUGGGAUUUGACAAACAGUGCAGUGAACUCAUUGACUGUUUGCCCAGAGAAGCCAGUCCCCUGCGGGUGAUCCGUUCUCUGUACUCUCAUAACGACGUGGUUCUGACAACCAAGUUCUCUCCAACGCACUGUCAGAUUGCCUCAGGGUGCCUUAGCGGACGGGUUUCUCUGUAUCAGCCAAAGUUUUAGGCACAACCUACAUCAAAUAAGCAAUUCUUCUGGUGUUUGAUAUAUAAAUUACUUCAAUUUAGGUGAAGUAUUUUCUUUUUAGAUGAUCUUAAAAGUUUGGGUCAAGAUCCUGAUUCUCAUGGGUCCAUGAACACACCUCUGACCUGUGUACCUGGUCGUCGAGCAGAAUAGGGGCCUCGCUGAGUUCGACUCUGUGCAGCGGCACCUGCCGCAGCUCCUGCUGACCUGUGCCACUGGACUCCCGACAUCCUGGGUGUUUUGCAUGGUAGCUCUUGUCAAGUUUCUUUCUUUUUCUUUUUUGUUUUUUGAUUUUGAUAUGAAUUUUGUGGACAUUUGACAGGAGUUUUAGUUGGGUUAGGAGAAACCUGUGACACUAGAAUAAAACCCAAAAGUUCGAUGUUGGCAUACUGGUUGUUGAAAAAGAAACUUCAUCUUCAUUUAUCAGUACACUUGGCCUUUUAAAGUUGCUGUUACGUUUAUAAUGAGCACAGACAAUGGCGUUAUUCUCAGAACUGUUAGAUAGUCUUGCAACAAAAUGUCUUUUAAGCUUCCUGUUAAAACUAUACAUAUUUUUUCACCAUGAGAGGGUUCUGUGGUGCAAUUCUAGAAGAAAUAUUACCAUCUCUCUUUGUAAUUUACUGGUAUGAACUUUAAAAUCUCUAGCAGGUGUCUUUACUUGGUAUUUUGUUCCUGCCAACAGCUUUAGGGAGGAAGAGGGGCAGAGGAAUGGGCUUUGGUCAUUUCUUUUGUAUAAAAGAGAAUGUAUUUAUUGGAUUGGUACGCCCUCUGACCGGUGCUGAGAACAGCGUAGCUCAGACCUGCUCUCUCUGCCAGACCAUUUGAGUCACACAGGGUGACGUGGGACAGUGUUGGGGAGGAGGGGAAUCGAGAGUGAAGAGGCGUGUGUACUCGUAUUCCUUCCGUGAGCCAGGUGGCACGGCGAGCUCUGUUUGCAUCAGGAGAGCUGCCGUCCUCUUUGAGCUGCUGGCUUCACUGUGGCCCUCAGUGACUUGGAUGUCAAGACGAAGAGCUGACAGGAAGACCUUUGUUGUGUUUUGCUGUGGAGCACAGCAAGCAGAAAGCCUCAGACGGGGCUCUGGCCCGGGGGCUGACCGCUCUGCUGAAGUAAGCAGUGUUCCUCCGGCCUCCUGCACGGGGGCACGUGGUGUUUAGAGGGGGACUGCCAGAGGCCGGAAUUGUUUAAGUCACACGCUGGCUUUUCCCCUUAGUUCACAUUUUCUUAGACAGUGAUUCUCAAACGUGAAGGUACAUUAUAAUCAUUGAGGAGCUUGUGGAAAUACAGAAGACGCCCUCACCUUAGGAGAUUCUGAUUCUGCCAUGGAGAGGGCAGAAAUCUGUAUUUUUAACAGGAACACCAAGUAAUCUUUAUUCAGAUGGCUCUGGAUCACUGCUUGUAAGACACUACCUUAAACAUCAGUAAGUAUUUUUGUACCCAUCAGGUGCUUAACACAACUCCCAGAAGGUGUUUUGAUUAUUAUCUUUUAAAUAAGUAAAUGAAAGCAAUUUUAGAGGUAGAAAGUAAUACAAAAAAGAAUCAUCUCAUUAUUUAAGGGAUGAGAGAAGUUAAGUGACUUGCCUAUGGUCAUCCUGAAAAAUUACUGGUGGAGCCAGGACUCGAAUUCAAGUCUCCUAAUUCCUUGCUCAGGGCAAUUUCUACUGUAUUAUGCUGUCUGUUAAAAUAAUGACUUAUGAAUACUUUA